AUGAACCGUUUAAUAAACAAUGAUACCAAUAGGAAACGUGUAGCAUCUUGUCCUCAAUGUAAUGCUACUCUCACACAAAAUGAAUUAGAUUCUUUAAAAUUUACAUGGGACAAGGCUCAAAUUUUGGUUAAAGUUCCGUAUGCAAAUGUACUUAAGAAUGAUAAUGUGAUUAAUGAAGAAAAAGGAGAGUUUUAUGUUGUACUAUUGAAUGGCCAAAAAUAUCCGAUGAGACUUGAACAUGUCAAAACUGUUAGAGGGUUGAAACAAGCAUUAAUGCAAAAGAUUGAAAUUGAAACUAGAAAACAAAAGUUGAUAUUCGAAGGCGUUGAAUUAAAAGAAUACGAAAAGAGACUUAUUAAGUACGGAGUCCGAGAGGGUAGUCAUGUUCAACUUAUUGUUGUUCUCUACUCUAUCACAAAAGAAGUGUCAAUCUCCAAUCUAUCAUUUGAUUUACAUUGGGGAUUCCCGAGAACAGGACUGGAUUAUCUCGAUGGAACUUGCUUAAUUUAUACUGGUAAUGAGCUUUGGAAGAAGUAUGAUUAUGCGUCUCCAUUUGAUUCUUGUAUACCUUAUAUUAGACAUUCAGGCGAUAUAAUUGAUGUAAUGGGCCAGCGAGGUUAG